AUGUCCCAAGAACCAAAAGCACCAGCACCACCCGACGAAGACUCAACGCCUCAUCCUCACCCAACAAUCUGCCUCCACAGCACAAACAUAAAUGCAAACGUUGCAGUGGCAAGCGACACCGAGAACAGGAGCAACACACCAGAUAUGCACCAAUACCCUUCUCGACGGAGGAGUCUCCUCCUCAGCGAUAGCGAGAUCAGCGUUCUGGAUCUCGGUCCUAGUCUUGAGUUUGAGGCGGAGGAGUGGCCGCUGCGUCUGCGCGAGGGGAAGCAAGGUCAGCGGGAUUGUCGAGGGGAAGAUGGGAAAUGGGGAAAGGGGACGUCGUUGGCUGUGCCUGGGCGGCAGGGUUCGAUGGAGGAGAGUACUGGUGGUGGCGCUGUGGCUGUGAGAAUCAUUUCGUCGCCUUUGUUGUCGCCGUUGAGGACGACGAAGAAGGAGAAUAGUGGCAAGGUUCGGGGGCGGAAGUCGAGUGCGGAUAAGGGGGGUGAAGGGAAGAGGGUAGAAGAGGGGUGA